AUGUCCAAACUUGAGGCAGCCUUCAUUCAGGAGGUGCUGGGCGUAGAUCGCACGAUCGUGCGAGGGGACGAUAUCAGCGCCGAGCUGGCAGGAGCUAACAGACGCGUCGAAGAGCUCGGGGAGCUGGCCAAGCAUCGCUGGGACUGUCGGAUGCAUGCCACUCAGACCAGCCGAAGGAAGGCGGUGCAGUGGCGUGCCCAGCAGAUCCAAAGGGAGACCUUGUUCCGAACUCGCUGCCGCGCCUCCAUCAUCGUGCACAAGAGCCCCGAGACUCGCCAUCAUGACGGCGCAGGCAUGCCGGCGAUGGAGAAGCAGCUCAGCAACAGAUCGCGGCCUACGAGCUCACAGCCGCUCAUCAUGAAGGGCAUCUCCUGCGACACUGGGAUUCUGAAUGUCACCUUCUGCCCACUGAUGGAGGAGAACCUGUCCGAGGAGAAGGACGAGGCGCGGGCGGUUCAAGAGCGGAGGUGA